AUGUGUUUGUGCAUGGGAGAGCAUCGGACAUUCGUUCUAUCAGAUCAGACAACGUUUACCCAAAUCCACUUUAAGUCUCCAGAAUUGUGUCUCUGUUGUUGGGGAUGCUGCUGCUGUCUCUGUCCAGCUGCUGUCCCACACAAUAAGCUCCCAUCUAAACAUUUCUCAUGUCAAACUGCGCUGACCCAGGAUCAGACAUGAGAACUUUCCAGCUCAGAUGAUUAUCCGUCAUUUGCAGUCUGCAAAUUACUUGAAUUUCCUGAAAGAUUUUGGAGCCUGCAUCCACCGAGUUGUCACUGCAGAAAAGUGAUUCAGUUGUGAUGAUGAAAUCGGGGUUCAUCUUUCUGUGCGUCCUCCAAGCUGCAGUAGCUCAGAUCGCCCUGCCUCGUGGACCCCGUCCGAUACCAGGGCGGGGGGACAGUCCGGACCCAACUCCACCUCCUAUCCUGCCUGAACCCACACCAACACCUGAAGGUUGUAAGAAAAUCAUCGACUGUCCCAUCAAGGUGUUCUUCACCAUCGACACCUCAGAGACCAUUGCCUUGCAGGAGCCCCCGCCUGGAAGUCUGGUAGAAAGCAUUAAGGAAUUCACAAAAAUAUUCGUCCAAAAACUUGCUGAGGAGGAAUACAGGAGCCAGAUCCGGAUCACUUGGUCCAUUGGAGGCUUGCACUUCUCUCAGACGCAGGUGGUUUUCAGCCAGUUCACCACCAGGGAGAACUUCAUCAGGAACCUUGGUCGGAUCACGUACCUGGGCAAGGGCACUUACACUGACUGCGCCCUAAAAAAUAUGACUCACCAAAUAACCCGCAACUAUGCAGGUUCAAAGGAUGUGCUCUUCUCUGUGGUCAUCACGGACGGACAUGUGACGGGCAGUCCAUGUUCAGGAAUAAAGAUGAUGUCGGACAAGGCUCUGGACCAAGGAGUCCACAUCUUCUCAGUGGCAGCAUCCAGAAGCAUCGAUGAGCUGGGGAUGAGGGAGAUCGCCAGCUCUCCCUUAGAAGUGUAUCGAGAUGACUACAUCGUCAUGGAGAUUGUUGAUGGGAAACCAAAACUAAGCACUAAGUCUAUUGAUCGGAUAAUAAAAGUCAUGAAAUAUCAAGCUUAUUUACAGUGUUAUAAACCUGCUUGCAUGGAAGUUCCCGGAAUCCCGGGACGAAAAGGAGCUUCAGGCCCAAAAGGUGUAAAAGGAAACAGAGGAAAAAUGGGGUUAAAAGGUCAUAAAGGUAAACAGGGUGAUCCUGGGAUUGAAGGUUCAAUUGGACAGCCUGGCCUAAAGGGAGAAAAUGGUUUUAAAGGUGAAAAGGGUGAAGUUGGAUUAAUUGGAGCAAAGGGUGUUGCAGGUGCACCUGGCAAGAAUGGCACUGAUGGACAAAAGGGUAAAAUUGGGCGAAUUGGAGCUCCUGGCUGCAAAGGUGAUCCAGGUGACAAGGGACCUGAAGGCUACGCGGGAGAAGCCGGUGACCCCGGACCACCAGGUGAAGGAGGAGAAAAGGGUGAGCCGGGUCUUCCUGGAAAGCCAGGUCCUCCUGGCCCUCGGGGUGGGAAGGGAUCAACAGGUGAAAAUGGACUGCCUGGGAAUCCAGGAGAGCCAGGAAGCAAGGGGAUUCAGGGACCUGAAGGCAGAUCUGGACCAAAGGGGGACCUGGGCAGGAGAGGAUAUUCUGGGGCAAAAGGAGCGACAGGACGUGACGGGCAAAAAGGAAUAAAGGGGGAACGGGGGCCGUAUGGAGACAGAGGUGCGCAUGGGGAAGCAGGAGCAAAGGGCGCUAAGGGAGACCAAGGACUACCAGGACCAAGGGGUGAGCCAGGAGAACCAGGGGUUCCUGGAGGAAAUGGCACUUUGGGAAAUCCUGGAGAACCAGGCCCCAGAGGAGAGCCCGGUCCAUCCGGCCCAAAGGGGGACAAAGGCAGAUCAGGAUUCAGCUAUCCGGGACCAGCAGGACCUUCGGGAGAGAAAGGCGAACGAGGUAAGAAAGGGCCGAGAGGCCGCAGAGGAGAGUGUGGUGCCAAAGGAGAGCUUGGAGAUAAAGGACUGCCAGGAGAACCGGGCGAACCCGGACAGCCAGGACAGCCAGGAGAUCGAGGACCCCAGGGGGAAGCUGGGAAGGAUGGGGACCCUGGACCAGUUGGUGACCCCGGGCUCACUGAUUGUGAUGUCAUGACGUACAUGCGGGAGACGUGUGGUUGUUGUGACUGUGAAAAGUACUGUGGAGCUCUGGACAUUGUGUUUGUAAUCGAUAGCUCGGAAAGCAUCGGGCUGACCAACUUCACCCUGGAAAAGAAUUUUAUUAUCAACACCAUCAACAGACUGGGAUCGAUGGCCUCUGAUCCAGCCUCGCUCACUGGCACAAGAGUUGGAGUUGUACAGUUCAGUCACAAAGGAACCUUUGAAGCCAUCCGUCUUGAUGACUCUACCAUAAACUCCAUGUCUGCAUUUAAAACGGCAGUGAGGAAUCUACAGUGGAUUGCUGGAGGCACAUUCAUGCCUUCUGCUCUCAAAUUUGCCUACGACCACCUGAUUAGGGAGAGCAAGAGAGCUCAUGCUAAGGUUUCGGUCGUUGUGGUCACAGACGGCCGCUUCGAUCCAGCUGACGAUGACAGUUUGCUAAGGUACCUUUGUAACUACCCGGGCGUGGAGGUGAACGCCAUUGGGGUUGGUGACAUGUUUGACAAGAAGCAUGACAGUGAGACUCUUGUGUCAGUAGCUUGCAACAAUAAGAACCGAAUAACAGAGAUGAAGCAAUAUGCCGACCUGGUGGCGGAGAGCUUUAUUGAGAGGCUGGAGACCGUGCUUUGUCCUGACCCAGUGAUUAAGUGUCCAGACCUCCCCUGCAAAAGUGAAUUAGAUGUAGCUCCAUGCGUUGGGCGACCUGUAGAUUUGGUAUUUCUUCUCGAUGGUUCGGAGCGCCUCGGGACGGAAAACUUCAACCAUUUCCGAAGUUUUGUGCAGCAGGUGGCAAGCACGCUGGUGAUGGCCAAGACGAGGAAUGAUCAAAACUGGGCUCGUCUGGCAUUGAUAGAGUUUGGCAAGGAAAAUGAAAAUGAAGUGGCCUUCCCCCUCACUCACGACUCUAAUGUCAUUAGUACUGGUCUGUCGCGUCUAACAUACCUGGAUUCUUCUUCAAGUACAGGGCCUGCCAUUCUCCAUGCCAUUGAUAACAUUAUGGGUAAAGGGAACACUCGCAAAACAAGACGUGGCGCAGAGGUUUCGUUUGUUUUCGUCACAGAUGGCAUCACUAACACCAGCAGCCUGGACAAGGCGGUGAGCGCGAUGCGCAGGGAACAAAUCACCUCCACUGUGAUUGCUACGGGAAAUGACGUUGACCAACAAGUACUAACAAAAUUGGCUUUGGAGUCUCAGGAAGCCAUCUUCAAAGCACCAAAGUUCUCUGAUCUGUUAGAAUCUAGUUUGUUUGACCGUUUCAUCCGAUGGAUAUGUUAAAAAAAACUGUGUUGAUGCAUACUUAGUAUGUAAUUAAAGGGGUCCUAGAAUUCAAAACGGCAUUUACAUUGUUGUUGAAUACAAGCAGCUUGAGGUGCCAAAUGAAUGUGCCACACACGAUUUGUUUUCUUAUGCAAAUUUGUAAGGUGGAAUGGCCACAGAGAAACGUUUUGUUCUGAGAAAAUCAAGUAUAACACUUCAUAAGCAGAGAUGCUUAAAUCAGCACGUCCCAACUCACUUCAACGUAAGCAGUUUAUAAAUGUGGUGGAAGUAAAGCUAACCGUAGAAUGAUGCUAGCCAGGGGUACUGUUAACAUGCUUGUUGGACAAGAUAAAAACAACAAAGAAGGAUGUCGGAGCACAUGUCGAAGAUGUAAUAUUCCAGGAUAUACUGGGAAUUUCCAAACUUUGAAUCAAUGCCAGAUAGAUCCAUAGCUUGCCUACUGAGAACUCUGGAUAUUGUACACAGCUGUCCUAGCUUCAGGCAGCCAUUGAGCCAUUGAGUUAGCAGCUCAAAUCAGUCUUUUCAUUGUAGAGCUUAAUAUGAUGUUGUGUUUGACCAUUUAACAGGGCUCCUGGGCCAUUUAGAGCCCCAACAAUGUUUCAUAAGUUAUUGAGCAAGGGUAGGGAACCUUGGUGCCGGAGGGCCGCUAUCCAGCACAUUUUAGAGGUUUCCCUGCUUCAACACACCUGAUUUUAAUCAGCAGGUGAUUAUCAUGCUUCUACAGAGCCUGGGAGCUGCUGAACAGGGGAAUCAACUGUGUUGAAGCAGGGAAAACCUCUAAAUCAUGCUGGACAGCGAUUCUCCAGGAUCAGGGUUCUCCUUAUUAGAGGCUCAAAUAAAUGUUUUAAAAUGAAAAAAGUUGUUCUAGGACCCCUUUAAUCAUUUCUGUAAAUUCAGUUCAACUUGGUGUGUUUCCCAGUAAUGGUUAUUUGGAUUCUGAGACUAUGCCAGAGAUUUGAGAAGACAUGCAUGAAAUUGCAUAUUUGGGGCAACAAAUCCAAGAUCAUUUGAAUUUGCAUUUUAAACAUCAAAUCGUAAACUAAUGUACUUUUGUAUUUAAUAUUUUUAAACACCAUAUUUAUCAGGAGAUGGAACUCCAUAAUUCAGAAGCAAAUGUUAAGAAACUGUGAAAAUCCAAUUCAAUUCAGUUUAUUUGUAUAUCGCCAAUUCACAACAAGUCAGGUGUUUGAAUUGAACCUACAUAUCAAUGCAUAGAGUUCAGUUGAUUAUUCCAAUUAAGUCAAUAGCAGUUUAUGAAGCAGCUCCAAACUCCAUUAUUUUUUUUAAAUAAUUAUUUUCUGAAAAUUUGCUUAACCGUGAAAAAAAAUAAAGAUUGGUCAUAAAAACUGUUUUCUAAGGAUUUUUUGCAUUUUAUAAAAUAUUGUCUAUUGCCAUGUCCCCCUAUUGGCCAAAGACUCAUUGGGAAACCCACCAUGUUGGAAUGAAAAGGAAAUAUUCUGGUUUACUCAUUUUGCUAAUGUCACAUAUUGCUUCAACGUAUUUUCUCACGCAAAAAAACCCAAAUUGGUCCUGAUUUUGUUUCAUGAAUAAAAAUACUUUGUUACUCAA